GCCAUGCCAUCAUCAUUUACUCUCUUCACUCUCCUCCAUGACAUCUCUCGGGCAUCUUAAGAGCAGUCAAAUUGAAUCUACUCUGUUUCAAUUUUGUUGCAUUCGCUUCCGAAUGUCUGUGACUGCCUUCGCUAUUUUAUCCUUUCUGUCCCCCAAGCAUAUUCACCACGUCGGUUGAAUGCCUGGCGUCCAUCAACACACCUCUACUACUUCACGGGGCCGGCGACCACCCCUAGUCCAUCAUCCAGCCUCGUCUCUUCGUGAAAAUCUAUCUGACAAUCAUCAACCAUCAAUUCUCUCACUCCAAGCUCCCCUCCCAGUCUCUGUCCAGCCUACCGAAGACCAAGAUGCUACCAGAUGCCGACAUAAACGCUUUGGACAGCCACCUAGGCACCAUUGUCCGCGAAAACCAACAACACCACGACAACCUGCAAAACUUGCUCUCCAAGUUCCAAGAGCUGCUCGAAAGCUACAAUAAUUUGAAGAGUGAUUACGAGGAGGAAAAAGAGGGACGGGAGCGUUACAAACGGUUGGCGAGGGGGCAGGAACGGAACCCGUUUGUGUUGGUCCUAGUUGACGGUGAUGGCUACCUGUUUAAAGAACACCUGAUCAAAGCUGGAAGCGAUGGAGGUAUCACGGCUGCUCGACUCAUGCAUGACUCGAUUCGCGAGUUACUACAUGACCGCCUUGGGGGUCACGCGGACCAAUGUCGGAUCAUGGUUCGCAUCUAUGCCAACGUCCUGGGUUUAUCCAAAGCUCUGGCGCGCUCCGGACUUGUGGGCCAUGAAGCCCGAUCGUUAUCGCCCUUUGUAGCCAACCUAACAAGCUCCCAAGAUUUGUUCGACUUUAUCGACGCAGGGGACAAGAAAGAAGCGGCUGAUUACAAGAUAAGAGGUCAGCCUGUCCUCCCAACUGCCACGUCCUGUUCGCUGACCGAGAUAGAAAUGUUUCGGAUGUUUGCUGACAAUAACCAAUGCAAGCAUAUUUUCUUCGCCGGGUGCCACGAUGCCGGGUACCUAAAUUUACUAACCCCCUACCGUGGACGAACAGAUCGUAUCACCCUUCUUAAAGCGGCCGGGUUCCAUAAUCAGUACAAUACUCUAGACUUGCCGGUCAGAGAACUUCGGGAGGUCUUCAUGUCGACACCCUUCGCUGGUGUUCACGCAAGGGAGUCUCCAAGUCAAACUCAGAGUCAAUCUCAGAUCAUACCGCCCUCGCUCAGCCGUCCGGUCUGUAAGCAUUAUCAAAAAGGCAUUUGCAGGUAUGGAAGCACAUGCAUCAAGCUCCACAUACAACCAAAUCAACAGAUAUCUAAAGUCCCCGACGAUACUUCAUCAAUCUUUGACCGAGAAAAUUCGUCUCCAUCCCGAACUCACGAAUACUAUGCAGCCAAUCUGCCAACCACUACCGACCCAUUCUAUGGGACUCAUGUGCCUAUCAACAAGACUGGGGAUCGCAUUGAUACCUACUGUGCCGCACCCUCGCCUGAAGCGCGGGACCAGUACUCUCGUCGUGCCAGAUUCCACCGGCCUUGCAACAACUUUCACUUAGCCGGACACUGUGAUACUGUAAACUGCGAAUUCGACCAUGGCCCCAUCGACAUCAACAGCCGCAGUGUGAUGGCCCACAUUCUACGCCAGCACCCGUGUGGCGCCGGUCUCACUUGCCGAUCAAUGAAGUGUUUCCUCGGCCAUCACUGUCAGAAAGACGGAUGCCGGGGCACCAAACCGUGCAGAUUUAACAGGCAUGCUCAUAUGCUGGACCUGCACAUUGCCAAGUGGGUGCCAGCCUUGGAGAAAGAAGACGUUGUCGCACCCUCCGUGAGCGAUGCAUCAGAAGAAGCUAGCCCGGUUGACUCCGACAACACCUUCGCAUAUUCAACCAACGAUACACUAUCUUGAAGCGCUGAACGAUCUAUAAGGAUCGGUGCAUAGGGAUUCGAUACUAUAUCCGAGACUGGAACGAUCGUAACGGAGACAUAGGUAUUAACACUAAGAUGGAAUCAUUAACUACGCCGCCUGCAUUAGGUCGUUCUAGGGUCAAUAUGUAAAACCAGAUUACCUCAGGUACAUGGAGGUAAUAAUGCGAUAGCCCACAUUUGAGCAUAAAUGAAAUCGUUCCUCUGGAUGUUUCCC